AGAAAGAAAAGGGGGCAUCCAGAACUUCCCUUCCCCAGCGAGCACAAAGUACAAUACCGAAAAGAGGAGAGAGGCGGCCAUUCCCAUGAGUGAGAUUAGUAAGCUCAACUCGUCCUGCUCCGAAUUGGACUUGGAUCGGCCCAAUCUCGAAGAUUAUCUCCCCACUGGAUCCAUCCAACAACCCCAUGGCAAGCUUCGCCUGCGCGAUUUACUGGACAUUUCGCCCACCCUAACGGAGGCGGCUGGUGCCAUUGUUGAUGACUCUUUCACGCGAUGUUUCAAGUCAAUUCCUCCAGAACCUUGGAACUGGAAUGUGUAUUUGUUUCCUCUGUGGUGUUUAGGAGUGGUAGUUAGAUAUGGGAUUCUUUUCCCAGUAAGGGUUCUGGUAUUGACAAUAGGAUGGAUAAUAUUCCUUUUGUGCUAUAUUCCUGUGCAUUUGCUAUUGAAGGGGCAUGAUAAGUUGAGGAAAAAGUUAGAGAGAUGUCUGGUGGAGUUAAUUUGCUGCUUCUUUGUUGCAUCAUGGACUGGAGUUGUUAAGUACCAUGGACCAAGGCCAAGCAUGCGGCCUAAGCAGGUGUUUGUGUCCAAUCAUACAUCAAUGAUUGAUUUCAUUGUUUUAGAACAGAUGACGCCCUUUGCAGUUAUUAUGCAGAAGCAUCCUGGAUGGGUUGGAUUAUUGCAAAGCACUAUUCUGGAAAGCGUAGGAUGUAUUUGGUUCAAUCGUUCAGAAGCGAAGGAUCGUGAAAUUGUGACACGAAAGUUGAGGGAGCAUGUUGAAGGGGCUGACAAUAACCCUCUUCUAAUAUUUCCCGAGGGAACUUGUGUAAAUAACCACUACACUGUCAUGUUCAAGAAGGGUGCAUUUGAACUUAACUGCACAGUUUGCCCAAUUGCAAUCAAAUACAACAAAAUCUUUGUUGAUGCCUUUUGGAAUAGUAGAAAGCAAUCCUUCACAAUGCACCUGUUGCAGCUUAUGACGUCAUGGGCUGUUGUUUGUGAUGUGUGGUACCUGGAGCCCCAAAAUCUGAAGCCUGGAGAGACACCUAUUGAAUUUGCAGAGAGGGUCAGGGACAUUAUUUCCGUUCGAGCCGGUCUUAAAAAGGUUCCUUGGGAUGGAUAUUUGAAAUACUCUCGCCCUAGCCCCAAACAUAGAGAGCAGAAGUAUGCUAAACAUUGUCUAAUUUAUCUCGUACUCCAUUUGUCGUGGUAAAGUUUUGGUAUAUGCAGAUAAUGUCGAUGGACCCCCGCGGGGAUGGGCCCCCCACAGGCGUGCUUUUUGUGUAUGUGUGUGUAUGACCUUGCUUAGAAAGAAAAGAACACAUUUGAGGCCAGCAUGCGACUUCUGGGCGUGAAACUUCACUAUUUUUAUGGGGAAAACAUUAGGAAAAUGCUGCUCUGUGGAGCUGUUAAUAUGGCUUAUCUUGAUAGUGCAUGGAUCCAUCUAAUUAAUCACCAUUAGUGAGUUGAGCCUGACCAUCUCCGUGCCAUCUCUAGCUUUAUCUAUCUUGAACCUGGAUUAAAUCAAAGUCCUUGUGUGGCCUAGGCAAGCAUGAUGAAGUCAGUUAUCAGAACCUUGCUGUUUUCCUCCUAUAGAGACCAAUGGGCCUUUGGUCCAGUGGUAUUCUUUGUCUUGUGAAGGGCUUUGUCUUCUUAAGGUCAAGGGUUCAAGUCCCCUCCCCCAAAAAAAAAAAAAAAAAAUAUGAAGAAAAAAAUAUAGAAGUUCCUCCUCUAAAGAGAGUUUAUGAUGCUUGAGUUUUAUUGGUCUUCUUUUUUCUACCGAUUAUACAUGCAUAAUUGAAAGACUCACUUUUGUACUUCAUCAUGUUGAUAGGACUCCAUAUUCUCGUUUUGAGUUACAUAUUUAUAGUAGGAAAACUAGAGUAUGGGGAAGAUGCCUCUAUUGCAUCAUCAUAGAUAGAUCCCCUGUUUCAAUUUUAGACUACAUAGCAGUGGAAGGUGCACUGUGUUAGUACUUCUCUGAGUUCUCUCCAUAUGUCAAGGAUGUUGUUAUUUUCUUGUCACAUUAUGAAGUUGAGGUUCUGAUACCACUCUUACUUAUCAUCUAUUAUGAAGUCUCCUUUUUAAUUUUUUUUUGGCCUCCGCUUGCAAAUUGUGAAGGCUGGCCUAAAAAAAUGCACUAGGAAGUUUUUGCUUUGAGUAGUGGAUUGCUAGCUGCUUUAUGGAAUUAACAAUGAUAAAGAUCAAGACGUGUCUUUAUUCUUUGAUCAAUACAUAUUUGCAGGCAGCAAAGCUUUGCAGAGACAGUGCUGCGACACCUGGAAGAGAAAUAGGUUACAGAUCUGAACUCUUUUUUUUUUUUUUUAAUUUUUGGUAUAGGUAGCUGUUGUAGGGCUAUUGAAAUAAAAUUUUACUUGUUUGGACCUGAUUUCCUAUUUAAUUACGUUCAGAUAUCUUUUUCAAAUAUGAGUUCAACAGACUUUAAAGGGAACUUUGUAAUACUCAGUAUCUUUAUUUAGGAGCAGCGAGCUGUGUUUAUUGAAUUUUUUACGAUGAAUGGAUGUCCUUGUUAACUAUGUUUCUGAUGUGCUGUCAACCAAUCCAGCCCCAUCAGUUUGUGGAUCCUGACGACUUGAUCUUAUGGAACUACACCGUCUUUAGCCACUGCUUUGACAACUUGGUCCCCCAAUUUGAUGAUUUACGGGGCAGGCUCUUCAUUGGAGCAGCCCAUGGUUUAUUUGCUUGGAAACAUGUGUAGGCAAGGUUUGGAUCAGUGAGAAACAUUUUACUUCGAGUAAAAAUUAAACUUAAAAACUAG